AUGGCUUCAAUUCUCAAAUUGCAAGUCAUUACAGGUCCGUAUAAUGAAGAACCUUUAGCUUAUCUUUUACAAACAGACGAUUUUCGAUUUUUACUUGAUUGUGGUUGGGAUGAAAACUUUUCACCAGAAAUUAUUGAAGAAUAUAAACGCCAUAUAGAAUCAAUUGAUGCUAUAUUAAUAACUUAUCCCGAUCUCUAUCAUCUGGGUGCAUUACCUUAUCUUGUUGGGCAUUGUGGAUUAAAAUGUCCAGUAUAUGCCACAGUACCUGUCUAUAAAAUGGGACAAAUGUUUAUGUAUGAUUUACAUCAAAGUCGUUCGAAUAGUGAAGAUUUUACAUUAUUUACACUUGAUCAUAUUAAUGCAGCAUUUAAUCUAUUUGUUCAACUUAAAUAUGAUUGUCGGCCAACAUUAUUAAUAACGGAUGCAUCAAAUACAAAAUAUUCUCAAGGACAACGAAAAACAAACGAUACACAAUUAUUAACAACAAUCUUAGAAUCAAUACGACGUGAUGGAAAUGUUUUAAUUUGUGUUGAUACUGCUGGUCGUGUUCUUGAACUUGCUUUACUCUUAGAACAAUUAUGGGGAAAUAAACAAUCGGGUUUAUUUGCAUAUUCAUUAGUUUUAUUGAAUAAUUGUAGUUCUCAAGUUAUUGAAUUUGCUAGCACACAAGUUGAAUGGAUGUCCGAUAAAAUAGUUCAACAUCAACCUGAUUUAGAAUCUGGUUUUGCUCGAGAUUUAUUCAUUCAAUGGGUUGAAAAUGAUAAAAAUAGUAUUAUAUUAACAACAAAAACAUGUCCAGGAACAUUAGCAAGAGAAUUGAUUGAUAAACCAAAUCUUACAACAAUUGAAGUUGAAGUACGUCAAAAAGUUCCACUUGAAGGUACUGAAUUGGAAGAAUAUCUCGAACAGCGACGUAUUGAGAAUGGAAACGAAGCGGCUGCAGCUCAAGCAGAAAGAAUGGAUAUUGAUUUACAUACACCAUCAGCUGUGCGUCUUCUAUCUCAAUCUCCAUUUGCACCAAAAUGUAAGGUAUUUGCAAUGUUUCCAUAUAAAGAAGAAAAAUAUGUUUAUAAUGAUUAUGGUGAAAUAAUAAAUCCCAAUGAUUAUAUGAUUAUUGAAACAAAAUCUUCAAUAAAAAAUAAUAAUCCACCACAACCUCAACCAUCAACUAUACUAUUUAAAACUUUACGUGAAAAACGUGAAUUAAAAAUUAAUGCCAAAGUUUUAUAUGUAGAUUUUGAAGCACGUAGUGAUCGAGAAUCCAUUGGAAAAUUACUUAAUCAAAUAAAACCAAAAAAUCUAAUACUGAUUCAUAGUACACAAGAUUGUAUUGAACAAUUAGAAAAAUAUUGUACAACUAGACAAAUUGUUCAAGGAAAAAUAUUUGCACCAUGUGUAGGAGAAAUAGUUGAUGCAACAACUGAAAGAAAUUUAUAUCAGAUCAAACUUAAAGAUAGUUUACUUAGUUCAAUUAAAUUUGUAAAAACACGAGAU